UUGUCCGGUGUUGCUCGCGUGAACGGCGUUCUGAACAUGGUCUCUAACGGAGAUGAGAAAGCUUUCGAACAGAUCCUUCAAGAUAAUCUGAAAGAUUUCGCUUUCGGUAACGACGGCAAAUACUGUGGCUACUGUGAUUCGGGGGAAGAGAUCAAAAGACUAUUGAAUAGUCUUAAGUGCAUAGGGUAUUCAUACUCGGUAAGGAGCAGCCACCAUCGCCAAAAAUUGCAUGAAGCCGCCACCAGUAACCCACGAAUCUUCUUCCAGCAAUUUCAGGGUAACGUCGAAAUCCCAUUUAUGGGAUAUCCGUUUUCGGUGGAAUAUUCCAGCUACCAACAAUGCACCCUGGGCCCCUAAUAUUACAGUAAAAAGGAGACUGUUGUUCCAAGUCACCUGGCUGACCAGCAAAAAAGAGAUUGUUGAUUAUGGAUACGAAAAAGAGCGAUUGCCCUGCCACUUUUUCAAUUAAAUGUGUUAAAGUGUAUCCAGGCUAUUGUGUUCAAUCAGUAGAUGAUCGUGAAAUUAAAAAGAAAGUUGUCCGUAGUUUAAAACAGGCUUUGGAGGCAGCCAAUAAACCUGAAAGUGUUCUUCGCUUUUAUGUGAGGGCGUCACCACCAGACCACCAUACCCACAGCACAGAAAGCAUAAAAGCAAGUGGAGACAUACGUCCCUUGCUAGCUGCGGAAAUAGCAAAAGUUGUUGAAGAUGGAACUACAUCUGUGAGAAUAAUAAAGUUACACCUUGAAAGAUUUGUGAACAUAACCUUCACUGGACCACACAAGCCAGAUAAUAUGAACACUACAUUUUACCCCACACAUCUCACAAUAUAUAGUCAUGUGUACAGGGCCCUUAAGAAAUUGAAGAAAAGUGUGUUUGACCAAGAGGCUUUGCAAAUGCAGAUUAAUGAGUGGCAGAAAGAAUAUAGAGGUGACAAUAUUUUUUUCAGGCCUUUUUCAGAUGUCGAUGGAGAAAUACAGCCAUUGCUGUUUUGUUACGAGAGUGCAUGGCAGAAGGAUAUGUUAAAAAAAUAUGGAGAUGUAUGUUUGCUUGAUGCCACCUACAAAACAACAAAAUAUGACAUUCCUUUAUUUUUUGUUACAUUAAAUGCAAACAGAUGCUGUUUAGUGGUAGGUUUCUUCUUUAUUCAGGUAGAAGAUACAAGGUCAAUUGCUGAAGCGCUACUUGUUUUCAAGAGGUGGAAUACAGACUUCAACGCAACCUACUGGGUUACUGAUUUCUCAGAGUCCGAGAUAGCGGCAAUGAAAGAAAUAUUUCCAUUUUCAAAAGUGUACUUGUGUUCACUUCACAGGGAACAGGCUUGGGGGCGAUGGGUUAAAAAGGGAGGGAAUCUAACUGUAGGAACUGAUAAGGAGUCUGUUCUGGAGCUGCGGCACUAUGUUGCAGCGUCUCCAUCUGAGGAACAGUUCAAACUCCAUGUUGAAAUGUUAGAGACUCAUGAGGUUUUUCGUAGGAACCCCAAGGCACUUAUUUAUUUUAAAAAAUCAAUGGCUCUCAGUUGCUGAAAAGUGGGUGAGAGCUUUCGAGAAUAUUGGCAUAUUUGCCAAUAUUAGAACCACAAACGGUGCUGAAACAAUGAACAAGAAGGUCAUAAAGUCUUUUCUGAACUAUGACACAGACAAAACAUUAACAGGAGUUGUUAAGGUAUUAGUAAAUAGUUUCAUUCCUGGCCUCAUGAAAAAGUAUUGCCAAAUUAAUUGUGUUAUUAGAAAGAACAAUGAAGUUGUACCUGCAUUUUUGCAUGGAAAGACGCAGGAAUUUAUAACACACGUGUGGAAACGAUAUUCUUCUGCAGAAGAAAGCUUCAGUAAAGAGUCAGUGUCAGUAGUAAGUGAGGGUGUUUUUUCUGUGAAAAGCGACACUUCAAAAGAUCUUAGGUAUACUGUAAACUUUGCGGAACCCAGUUGUACAUGUGAAGAUUACCAAAAGCACAAAUAUAUGUGUAAACAUUUUUUCUUUAUUUUCUAUCCCCAGUGGGGUUUUGACAAAGUAAAUGAAAAGUACAGAAAUAGCCCGUUAAUUUGUUUGGAUAGGACAUAUGGGUAUGGUGCAAGUGGCAGCUGUCUUUCACAGACUGAUUCCGCACUGUGUGAAUUAGAGGAGUCCAGCGGUGAUGAUGCUAUGAAUGAAGAGCAUAACAUUCCUGAACCAUCAGCUUCUUCUCCAUCUCUGUUUCGAGAGGCAAGAGAGAGAUGUCGGAAUAUUAUAAGUCUCACAUACAGUUGUGACAAUGACACGAUAAAAAAGUGUUAGAGGCACUUAAAAAUGUGGAACAUAUUGGAAGGUUGUCGAACCCUACAGAAAAUGGCCUUCCUUUAUCAGCGACAUCAUCUUCAAAAAUGUAGGAACACUCAUUUAAAUGGAGGCAGAAUUUGUGAAACACAUAUUUGCCCUUUUGCUUUUCUGGAUGUUCAUAUAGAUUUAAAAAUGAAAUGGAUUGAUCAGAGUAUGGUGAGUUAAGUGUCUACAGCAAUCACUUACAUUGGGAGAUUUUUCAGUUUUACAUUAAAAUAUGUGGUAGUACAGCAAAUUUAAAACUGGAAGAACUUCCCAACCAAAAUGAAAGUCAUGGUUACACAACUUGCCACACCCUCAUAAAUACAUUUUACCAUCAAUAGUUAAAGUAUAUACCCAACUGUGUGCUGAUUGUGCUGCUACUGAUACUUUUUUGUUAAAUGGUAUUGGUAUCAUGAAGCAAGACUGGAAGUACCAAAAAGCUCUUCUUUAUUUCUUAUAACAAUAAUAAUAAUUAUUAUUACACUUUAUUACAAACAUUGUCAUAGUUAUUGGAGAAAUACAUAAUAGGUGGUACCAAUGGUCAUUACUGAAGGUUGAUACAAGAGAAGUAAAACUCUGAAUGGUUCCUAAAAAGCAGAUCUGAUCAAAUUUUACAGAAAGCUACAUGUAAAUAUACAGGAGUAAAAACUGUCACCACUGUUGGCAUGAGAGUUUCCAUAAUACUAUAGCUAAGACUUUGUAUGUAGUGUUUGACAAUUCAGUAUGGUACUUUUCCAGUAAUGGGUAAUGAAAAUGUCAUGGCGCCUGUGCAGAAGUGCCUAUUUCAUAUUAGAGUUAGCGACACAUGUGUGCACCUGUUUAAUGUUAAAAAGUGUUGUUUUUAUAUAUGUUCGAUCAGAAGUUAAACAACAACACUUUUCGUGUAAAACAGAUGCACACGUGUGUAUGUAAUUGUAACAGGAAACAGAUGCAUAUGCACAUGUACCAUGUUCAUUUCCCAUUACUGAAAAAUGACUGACCAUUCUAACUACAUUUUAUUUAGGGUUUAUGUAAAAAUUAGUAAUGUUUACAGGGCUUUCUUGUCUCUUUUGCAACAAGUGAGGGUUUGGCACUCAUUUAUGUUCCACUACAGUUUCCGCACAAAAUAUUCAAACUUACUACUUGCACUGAUUCAGUACAAAAGUCAAUUUCUAAAGCAUAUGACACCAUCGCAUUGUUGCAUCUUUCUGUGCAGGCUCAGGGAUAUAUGUUUCAAUGGUAGGAUUUUUCUGGCAGUCUGGAAUGAGGUUAGAGAGAAAACUAUUGCUAAGACCAUAAAUCCAGUAAUGUUUCAACACCAUUUGUGUGUGUGUGUGUGUGUGUGUGUGUGUGUGUGUGUGUGUGUGUGUGUGUGUGUGUGUGUGGGUGUGGGUGUGUGUGUGUGAGAGAGAGAGAGAGAGAGAGAGAGAGAGAGAGACUACUUCCAAAAGCAGUUGCUCAACCAUUUAGUCUCGUGGAUCACACACACACACACACACACACACACACACACACACACACACACACACACACACACACAAAUUGAUAUUCUUUAAUUAUCCUUCAAGAUGCAGCUGGCUAGUAGUACGCAUCGCAACAUAAAAAUUAAUAUAUUCCCCACAGACAAGAAUUAGAUAUGAACCAACAAAAUUUCAUGCAAGGAUAUUGCCAAAAUUUGUGCCCCGUUAAGUUUUAAUGAUUCCAUAACAACAGAUGAUGUAACAUGUCACCACAAGAAGUAAUGCACUCCCAUUUUCUACAGUUAGAUAACCUGGUUCCUAAGACAGAAGUGUCAAGUGCGUCCUCGUGAAAUAAUGUAAAUAGCUUUUUCCAAAAGGGAAAUGCAUCCUUAAUAGUUUUUACCUUGAACUCUAAGAAACUGGCACCCAACCCAUUAACUGUGGAUGAUGAUUGUUCCAUCUCCUGGAAAUUUGUAGAACUUCAUAAAUUGGCACUCGUACAAUCAACUUAAAAGGAGGGUCGAGGAAAAGAAAAAUCCAACCACUAAACACCACAUCUUUGCAUUGAGUGUCAGGCAAAACAUAGGAAAGUCAUAUUUUGUAUAUAUCAUCUAGCAAAUUAACUUGCAUUGCUUUGUGUCACUGUUCUGCACUGCAUUGGUAUUGGGAUUCAGACUCAGCAGGGAAAAGGUUCACAUCCAUAGGUUCUGUUUGUGCUCAUUAAUCUCAAUCUGUAUUAAAUUUUCUUCACAUUGCAAAUUGUCUGUGAAGUAAAACUUCGUGUGGUCGUGGUGUCACUUGAUUUCUCUAGUGAAGUCAACGGGAAUAAGUAGAUUCUGUAAGCUUAUGUGGAUUUGGUUUAUGUAGCUAAGUGGUACUUAAUAUUUAAAAUUUGAUAAUCUUGUCACUGUUAAAUACAUAAGAAUUUUUUUGUACUUACUACUAUAGACAUAGGAUUUUUGUGUAAAUGAACUCUUAAAAAACUACAAAUGUAUUUGUUUUUGUAAAUAAAGUGGCAUGUCUCACACCAUAAUAAAUUGUCCAGAUGAGCAGUGUAACAUCUGAAAUAUCAGUAUAUAUGUUAUGGAUGUAUACCAUGUUUUUAAUGAAAACUGUAAUCAUAUUGUUUGUCCAAUAAAACCAA